AUGCCGGUCUGUGCUGGUCACUUACAGGGCGAGCAGGGCGAGGAGGCGUGGAGCGAGCUGGAGAAGAUUCUCAACGCUGCUGUGGCUACAGCACAGGCUGAGGUCCGUGCUCGUCUGGAGGACAACUUUGACACAGCGGGAGCCAUAGCAGCGCUCUUCGACCUCAUCUCAGCCACCAACGUGUACCUCAAAGACACAUCCGCCAAAAAACGCCGGCCACGGCCCCUCCUGCUGCAGUCCGCCGCCCAGUUUGUUUCCCGGAUCCUGCAGAUCUUUGGUCUGCUGGACUCGAGUCUGGAUUCGUUUGGCAUGACAGCAGGAGGAGCGGCAGCAGGGGCUCAGGGCGAGCAAUCCAAAGAGGCCAUCGUGGUGCCCUACAUUCAAGGCUUCUCAACGUUCCGUGACGAUGUGCGGGCAGCAGUGCGGAGAAACGCAACCAAGGAUGAGUUGCUGUCGCUAACUGACAAAGUGAGGGACCAUGCGAUGGUGGACCUUGGGAUUCGCUGUGAGGACCGGGGCGGCGCGGGGGCGGAGGCAGCGGUGGUGAAGCUGGAUGAUCCCAAGGUGCUGCGAGCUGAGCGGGACGAGCGGAUUGCCAAGGCUGCUGCUGAGGCCAAGCGGAAACUGCAGACGAAACUGGCUGCUAAGCUGAAAGACUUGGAGCGGUGGCAAUCAGCGUCCGUGCCUCCCUCUGACAUCUUUCGGAAGGCGGUUGACAAGUACAGUGCGUGGGAUGACAAGGGCGUGCCCACGCAUGACAAGGAUGGCAAGGAGCUGUCCGCCAAAGCCAAGAAGGGCGUGGAUAAGGAACUGAAGAAAGCAGAAGAGUCGUUUGCCAAGUACCAGCAGAAGAUGGGGGAGUACCCCGGGUUCUUGGAUUCGCUGAGUGAGGAGGUUGCCAGGCUGGAAGCUGAGCUGUCGAAGUGA